CUUCUCUGUAUUUAAAUGCAUGGAACCUAAACUUCUGUUUUAAGUGGAUUUUACAAAAUGAUUAAGAGAUAAAAUAAAUUAGAUGCUUUUUGGAAAUAUUUGACCAAACUGCUUUUGUACAGACAUUAAGAAACGAAACUCAGUUAAGGGAAUUAUACAGAUUAGAUCAGAUACAACGUAUCAUGAGAUUUCUCUGUGAAAUAGCGCUUGAACAAAGUCAGAAAAAACAAGGAUAUUCUAAUGAUUACUAUAAAAUUAAACUGUUUAAUCUUACUUCGAGUAAAUGUUAAUCAAUUUCUAAAAUGGAACAGCCAAAAUUUUUAACUGGAUGGACACCGGUUGUCAGAACGUUUGUCAAUAGUAACAGAGCCGUUAAGGCAUUGUGGGCUCUGUUUGCUACAUGCAUGGUAAUAGCUUUGGUCAGCUCUGUUAGUGUAGUCAUACACAAGUAUUUAACUUAUGUAACAGUUGUUCGACUAGAUCAAAGAGCUCCAAAAGAUGGUGUCCCUCCACCAGCAGUGACCAUUUGCUUAACAGAACAUCAGACUAAAUAUCUUCAGCUGGAGUAUUAUAGAACGGAUUCCAAAUUGAAUAUUGUACAAGGAGCGAGUAAAUCAUGCCAACUUAAACCUGGAAUCAUAUGGGAUUCUAGGGUUGAUGCUAUUUCAAAAUUUUACAAUUAUACAAAACAUUUUCAAGUUACAUUUCGUACAGAACCACCUGGAUGUUACUCACUUAAUGUAAUGGAACAAGUUCCGUGGCCUCCUGAUUCUAUUUGUACUACGUUUCAAUUAAUACAAGAUGGACUUCUAAAUACAACUUUCUGGAAAAUAUUUCACUUGGAUGUUCGGUUAACUGAAGUGAAUCAAACACUACUCGGUCGACCAUUAAUCAUUACACAUGAAACAAAUAGUUUUCCUUUUGAUAAUUUCGGUCGUUAUUUAUAUGAAUAUAUGAAUCCUGGAUCAUUAUUAAACAUAUUCUAUAGUAAAAGUAUCACUAAACGAUUACAUACCCGACGAAAUCCAUGUACUUCGAGACCAAUUAACUUACUGGGGAACAGUUUUGAUUAUGAUCAAAUUACUUGUCAGUGGCAUACUGUUUGUGCACGAUACAACAAAAAAUGUAAUUGUACCUGUCCUUUAGAAUUACUUCGUCUUCGAUUGGAUCGCGAAAUCAAAAAUAAUGCUGUGAAUAAGUCACUGUUUAUGAACGCCAAUCUAAACCAUCAGCACUAUCGAUCCAAACAUUACUGUCCAUCUAACUGUCAGCUUGACUAUCGUAUAGCCUUUGUGAAUAAUUCUAUAUGUCCACUGGCAUGUCGUACAGUAACUUACAAAAAAUUAAAUGAAGUUCUAGACAAUGUUACAGAUCGUUCAGUCGUACAACUAGAAUUAAUUCAGGCUGAAGGUUUAACUGAAAUGACUGAAGAAGCAUUGUAUUCACUGCCUAAAUUAUUUAGUGAAAUAGGUGGCCUAAGUUCAUUUUGUUUUGGAUUUAGCUGCAUUCUGUUUUUCGAGCUGUUGGAGUUAGCUUUUUGGCUAAGGUGUACUUAUCGUUCACAAUUUCUUGAGCGUGUAACAAAACUUCUAGGACAACAUAUGGAAAUUAUUGAUGAACCUAAUGAAAAAACUCUGAAAAAUCUUCAAAAUACUACUGAUAAAUUAUCAUUUGCAGAAAAUGUUUGGCAAAUACAAGAUAAAAAAUAUGAUAAAUCAAACGACAAUAACAUUAGUUCAUAUAGACAAAAACAACGAAAAGAUGAGCCAUUUAGUCCAGUUACUUUAGUUUCCAAAUGGAGUUCACACGAUCAUGAAAAGGAAAAAUUACGUAAAUCUUCAUUGAACUGCACACCGACCCGGUUGAAAUUUCGUACAUUAAAUCACAUAGAAUUAAAUCCAUUAAAAAUGUAUAAAGUUGAUGGUACGCGCUUAAGUGAAUAUCCUAAAGAUCAAGACAGUCCACUAAUCGGUUUAAAAUCGCAUAAAACAUUUAUUUUCGAAGAACCUACAUCGGGAAUAAAUCCAAAUUUUUCUGACUAUGUUCAAUACCCAAUGGAUUUGUCUACCUUCAACCAUAAAGUUCAGAUUUCAACAGUUCCGGUUAUUUUGAAUAAUCAAUUAUUUCAAGUUGCUGUUGACUAUGAAAUAGCUUUAUAACAAUGGUUAUAUGAAAACAGCCAUUGAUACAUUUUCAUUUUAUAACCUUAUUUUUUUGAGAAAAUUUCUGAACUAGUAUCAGUGAACUGAAUUGAAGAUCACGAACCAAAUGUUUCUUUGAAAGAACUUUCAUUUUGAAAUGCAUACUUUCCAUAUUCAAUUACAGUACACAAUUAGACUAACCUAAAAAAUGAAGAGUCUACUAGGUAAUGUAUGAAAAUGUCAUAUAUUGAAACAACUGAGUGUACAUUUAUAAUUUUAAAAAAUAUGCAUGUACUGAAACUUUUUAUGAAUAUGUAUGGAUUUUCUCCUUUGUUCCCAUACUUUCAAUCAAUUCCAGUUACGGAAAUUCAAAAAAGAUAUAUACUACUAAAUACGCAUGAGUUAACUUGUAGAUUUAAUAACUAGUUUUAGUUGGUUUUACUCGUUUAUUUAAUUUCAAGAAAUCAGUUCACUAAACUCUACCAAUG